AUGUUGAUGAAAUUUAUGGAAGCUUCAGAAAAAAGACACGAAGCUACUGAUUCUGCUAUUGAUGAACAAAGAACGUUGAUAAAGAAUCAUCACGCAAUGAUGAUAGAACAACAAACUUUAAUAAAGAAUCAGCAAGCUUCCAUCAAUAACCUUGAAAUAGAACUUGGUCAACUUACUAUCUUGGUUCAUGAGAAGAUGUCCCCGAAAAUUCCCGAAAAGAAGAUCCAAUCUCACGUAAUGGCCAUAGGUACUGAAGAAGAGACAAUUUCUGAGUUUCUAGAAGCCUUAGAAGUUGAACAAAAGCAGCCCGAUCCAAAGUCAAAGAAGCCCAAGCUCGAGAAUCAUAAUACUGCUGAAUUGACGAACUCACGGCGUAAGCCAUAUAAGCUCACGACGUGGGCCCGUCAUGAACAGAAAAACUCCGUCUUUGUUUCAGCUUAUCAGCCGACUUUUCCGUUUCCUUCCCGAGCUACCCUUAGUCCACUGGAAAGAGAGCAUAUAGAGUUUGUUAAGCACGUGAAGGGUAUCUCGAUUAAUACUCCCUUUGUCGAGUCCUUAUCCAAAAUUCCCGAGUAUCAAAAAUUACUACAAGACUUGAUAGACACUCGCAAGCAACUAAAGAAGAAUUCUAAGGUGAUUCUAAGUGAGGAAAACUCAAAAUCUGUGUUGGGAGAGAUACCUAAGAAGAUGGGGGAUCCUGGAUGCCUCACUCUUCCGUGUGAGUUUGGGAACAACAUGAAGGUUGAUGCUUUAGCCAAUUCUGGGGCUAGCAUAAACUUGAUGCCUUAUUCGUUUUAUCAGAAAUUAAAUAUUCAGAAGUUAAAGGCUACAAGAAUGGCAAUUCACAUGUUAAACCGUUCGGUGACACAACCCCGGGGCAUUGUGGAAGAUAUUUUAGUGAAAAUUGGAAAAUUCGUUUUUCCAAUAGACUUUGUGGUAUUGGACAUGAAAGAAGAUUCCGAUGUACCAAUUAUCCUUGGUCGUCCGCUACUUAACACGACUGGAGCUCUUGUUGAUAUUCUCGAGUCUAAGCUCACCUUGAGGGUUGGUGAUGAAAAAGAAAUCUUUGGGAUAGCAGAUGGCUUUCAAGAGAAUCAUGUUCAAAAAGAAGUGUUCACCAUUAAUGAAGACAAUGAACUUGAAGAAUUAGAAAAGCUCAUGGAAGAUGAAAUUAAGACAAUUCAUCAAGUCAAAAGGACAAAACCAACCAAAAUUGUUUUUGAAUAA